GAAAAUUCGGGUCGCCUUCAGUUUCUCGUUGCUCAGGACGGCAUGGUACGCGCACUGGCGGCUGCGUCGACGUCGGCGCUGAGUACUGCUUCCUCCGCUGCGUCUACCUCCCACCCCUCCUCUCCAUUUGUUCAUCUUCUCCGUAACUCCCGCUUCGCAACCUUUGACCCCACCAUCCGCCAAACGUACUACUCUCCCAAGCAAUUCGUCACUCGGGGGUACUGGGGCCUCAAGAGACCCAUUGCUGCACGCAAGAAAACCUCGUCCUUCAUCACCAUCCAGACCUGGGAAGCGCGGCAACACUAUGUCGCGUGGGACAACGCCGAAGACCAAGUGAGGUUCAUAAGGCGGAUGGACGAGCUGGGUGUCAAACCUGGCGCCAACUCGGAGAGCUCUUGGAUGUCGUCCAUUGGGUCAGCGGCGCGGCAGGAAUGGCUCAUCGACUCGGAAUUUUCGCCAAGAAAUUGGGAACCCGUAGAGGAGACCGCGCCAGGCGAACAUGAGCCAACGACAGACCCCAUUGAAAUCGACACGCUCGGAAAACGAGGGGAAGGCCAAUAUGGUGCUCGUGCGACACGCGAACCUCCAUUUCGAGAGUCCACCACAGUCAUUCCUAAUGUUCACGCAAUGUCUCCAGCCGAAUUCAAGCAUUAUAUAGCGCGUCUACGAAAACUUCGACCCGCUUUCAAGGAGUAUAUGAAGCAGAAGGGCGAAGAGGAGCGCGAGAGCUUUGACCGAAUGGUUGAGGAAAACCCCAACAAAACGUUCCAAUACGUACCCAAGAUAGAAGGAAAAUCGUUGCUGGAGCUGGGUGCUCAAGCUCAAGUAUCUGAUCACCACCGACUAUUCCUUGCUCAACACACCGCCUCUGAAUAUCGUUCCACAGAAGGCAAAAUUCAACCAGUGCCUCACCGUCAUGCCGCUCUGACCUACAGCCAUCCGUCCAAGCUCGACACGCUUCUGCGCUCACAGCCAAAGCCUGGCUUCGUUAUCGAAGACCUCGACAACGGUCGGUUUGACGAGGAAGUGCAGGCGCCUGAUGACGAGAACCCAAUUUAUCUGGCCUCAUUUGCUGGCGUUGCUGCUAUUCUACCUUCUGAGCACGCAAAAGGUCGCACUCCGCUCAUGGAUAUGGAGCAUGGCGCCCAUGCUGACGACUGGCCAAAUGCUGUCACACUGUUGCGUCCCGCUACGCACGAUGGGCUGAUGCUUGAAGAUGUACCUCGCGUUGUUGGUCGUGGCCGUGAACCCGAUGAAGGCUUGGACGGUGUGAAUAUUAACCUGAUCGUGAGUGCUGAUGCUGGCGCUCGUGAACCCAGCCGUCUAAACCCCUAUCCACCUGGUUCACGGGAGUACAGUGGAAUGCUUGAUGUUACGCAGGCUGUAGAGGACGGCAAGCGAGCAGCACACGCUGCCGCUCGUGGCCCGGUAGACAAGCGCUCGGAGUACGAGAAAUUGCGCUCAACAACAAAUUCGCAGUUGCAAACGGCAGGCACGACGGCCACCCUCCCAAAGGUUCUCUACAAAACUCAGCCUGCUGCCAACACGGCCGCACUCAACAAACUCGAUGCGUUGUUGAAGAAGGGCGUACCGAAAAUAGAGUAG